CAUCUGACGGCGUAGCGUUUUGCAGCUGCACAGUUGAGAUUUGAGAAUAUCUGGCUGUGCUUCAAAACUUCAACUUGGCAAUCGUAGGACCAUCCACCCCAGUCAGUUCAUUUGACUGCAUUCGUGGUGCUCAGAUCCCAAAAAUUAGCAUCCUUUUGAUUGCCAAAUUCGCCAAUUUCCCAUUGGACUCCAGUAUCAUUACGAUUGCGCAACCAACGAACGCAUGCAUAAAAAGAUCUUCUUAAAAUAGAGGUAAUUAGAAGGUAAACAUGGGGUUGCCUGAAAUAUUGCUGAGCUUUUUAUACCCGCCGCCGCCUUCUAUUUUCAUCUCAGCCAUGUCGGUUAUCAGUUUUGCGUCAUUAACCAACGCUGGAUUCCAAGAAAUCAAAGGAAAGCACAUGCGGUAUUCCAAAUUUUUUAACGUUGGUGCAUCUGUUACUGGAGACAAUAAGCAGAAGAAGGCUGAAUUCUCAGGUAGAACUGGGAUGCUUAUAGCCUAUACUCCUGCAUUUCUUGCCGGCGUGGCUUCUUUUGCACUUGUCCCGCUCGACGGUUUGAGAUUUACUUUGCUAUGUUCGGCUCUGACCAUCCAUUUCUUGAAGAGGCUGUUUGAGGUACUAUUUGUUCACAAGUACAGUGGAGUGACGGAAGUUGAAACAGCAAUAACCAUCUCCAUGAGUUAUUUUCUGUCCACGGCAAGCAUGAUUUAUGCUCAGCAUCUGACCAGCGGGCUUCCGGAACCACCAAUUGAUCUCAAGCAUUUUGGGAUUCUGCUGUUUGUACUGGGAAUCAGUGGCAACUUUUACCACCAUUACCUCCUCUCAAAAUUAAGAACCGAAGGUGGUGACAACAAGUACAAAAUUCCCCACGGUGGACUGUUUGAUUUGGUCAUAUGCCCGCAUUAUCUUUUCGAGAUUCUUGGAUUUAUUGGGGUGUCUUGCAUUUCUCAAAAUCUGUAUGCAUUUUCCUAUACUUUUGGCACGAUGUUCUACUUGCUUGGGAGGAGCUAUGCCACAAGGAGAUGGUACCAGUCCAAGUUCGACAAUUUCUCAGAAAAUACCAAGGCUGUCAUUCCAUACAUCUUCUAGUCCAUCGAGUCGCUGAGAUUGGUGGAAUGAAAAAGUCGCAAGUUACUUGCUAGUAUUUUAUCAUCACAUACUUUAACGUGUCAUGGCUCUUUCUUCUCUGUAUCUGUAUCGUUCCAAUUUUAUCCCAAAAGGGACGUCAUGUCUCUUUCUUGAAGACGUGAAUCGUAACACUAGAGUCAAAUCAUGCUUUCGUGACUUGUGGCAAUUGAUCUCAUCUCAUGCUUGGCACCUCCCACUUUAAAAUAAUGUAAUCCUGAUCUAUGACUGGUAUAUUUUAUAUGCUU